UUGAUUCUCAGUGUUAUGUUGUUCUGUCCCUGGCAGUGAAACACUGAUGCUGAUGCCAAGGAAAAAAUAGGACAACAUCUUUAAUGUGAAUCUUCAGUGAAUCCUUCAUCUGCAGCCAAUUGAUGAAAACACCAGAGUACUGAAGAAGACUUGUUUCCUCUUCAUCCUUCUUCCUGAUCUGAUUCCUCUCAUUGUAGAAGAGAAGUUCAUCGUCAGCCUCGGGGCUUUGGUCCUGCCCCCCCUCCUCCCUGAAAUGUCCAACGACAGCGGCCACUUUGAUGUCUGGGAGGCCUCUGAUUGGACGGACAGCUCUCAGUGCCUGCCCUCGGUGGGCGGAGCCACUUUCUUAAUCGUGGCGUACAGCGCUGUUAUUGCAAUCGGGUUGCUAGGCAACGCCGGCCUGGUGUUCAUCAUAGCCCGGCAACAGGAGUUACGCAACGUCACAAACAUCCUGAUCGCCAACCUGUCGUGUUCAGAUAUCCUGAUGUGUGUCGUGUGUCUUCCUGUUACCAUCAUAUACACACUGAUGGACCGCUGGGUGCUGGGAGAGGCCAUGUGUAAGGUGACUCCCUUCGUUCAGUGCACCUCGGUGACCGUCUCCAUCUUCUCUCUGGUGCUGAUCGCUCUCGAGCGUCACCAGCUGAUCCUUCAUCCCACAGGCUGGUCCCCGGCGGCCGGACACUCGUACCUGGCCGUAGGGUUGACGUGGCUGGUGGCUUGUUUCAUCUCUCUGCCUUUCCUCUCCUUCAACAUCCUCACUAACGACCCCUUCAGGAACAUCAGCCUGCCCGCCAACCCCUUCAGUGACCAUCUGGUCUGCAUGGAGCUGUGGCCGUCAGAUAACCACCGUCUCUCCUACACCACCUCUCUGCUGCUCUUCCAGUACUGCCUCCCUCUGCUGCUGGUGCUCCUCUGCUACCUCAGGAUCUUCCUCCGCCUGAGGCGACGCAGGUCUGAUUUGUGUUAUUACAUCAAGAUAAAGUGUUUAUUUCUAUACGUGGAUUCAUGGUGCCGUAGCUCUGCUGUGAUAUUUCCCAGUGCCUCGUCUGACCGGCGUCCUGCUGUGUUCAGGGACAUGCUGGAGCGCAGCAGGAGGACUCAGGGAGCCCAGAGGAUCAACAUCAUGCUGUUAGUUAUCGUCGUGGCCUUCGCUCUGUGCUGGCUGCCGCUGAACAUCUUCAACACACUGUUUGACUGGCACCAUCAGGCUCUACCCGACUGCCAGCAUGACGCCGUCUUCUCCGCCUGCCACCUGACGGCGAUGGCUUCCACCUGCAUUAACCCCGUAGUGUACGGCUUCCUGAACAGCAACUUCCAGAGGGAGCUGAAGCUGACGCUGCAGCGCUGCCGGUGUGGCCACCGGGCGGCAGAGAGCUAUGAGAGCUUCGCUCUCUCCACCGUGGGCAGUGACGGCACCACGAAGACCACCUCGCUCACCAGACCUCAGAUCAGCUCAAUACCAGCUCACUCCUCAUGAGGAGGACCAGACAAUGUGUGGUCACCACACACUGUCUGUAGAGGUGUAGCUCACCUCUAUGUUCCUCCCAGAGGAACAUAGAGGUGAGCUAUGAUUUGACCUGCUCAGAGUCAAACGGAUCAUUUAAAUCAGACGGACGGGUCGGAACAGGAAAUGAUGAGUCAGCUGAUGAAGCUUCAAGUCCAGAAUAAACAAAGUAAAACCUUGUAAAUGGACUCAUUGAGGGACACAACAGGGUUCUAUAUAUGCACUUGAUACCAUGCUAACAGGCUAAAGAGGCUAAAGCUAACAGGCUAAAGAGGCUAAAGCUAACAGGCUCCAGGUCAAAGGAGUUUGCAUCAUCACCAGUUAAUGAUCUAGAAGAAAUAAACUGUUAUUUUGCUAGAGUUAGGUUAGUUCUAAUAUUAUAUAUAUAUUAGUGCUGGGCAACGAUUACAAUUUUUAAUCGCG